GCUCACUCGGGGGUUACAGCCAGCGUCCAGUAAACAGAUAGAUUUCACCUCUAACACUGUCCUGCUAGUUAAACGUGCACAGUGUUUAUAUAACCGGACAUCAUGUUACAAAUGAAAAAUCGCUUCAAAUAUUGUUCUCUCGCAAUCGCCGCCAGUCGGCUGCUGUCAGGAGCGGUGAGGAGUCCACUGGUCUUCCUGGACAUUGCGGCUGAUGGCGAGUUUAUUGGGAGAAUUCUAAUAGAACUUAAUGCAGAUGUGGUUCCCAAAACAGCUGAGAACUUCAGAGCUCUGUGUACCGGAGAGCAUGGCUUUGGAUAUAAGGGUUCCAUUUUCCACCGAAUCAUUCCUGAGUUCAUGUGUCAGGGUGGAGAUUUCACAAAUCACAAUGGCACUGGUGGGAAAUCAAUUUACGGAAAGAAAUUCAAAGAUGAGAAUUUCAAGUUGAAACACACUGGACCAGGUGUGCUGUCAAUGGCGAACUCUGGGCCGAACACCAACGGAUCUCAGUUUUUCAUCUGCACCGCCAAAACAGAAUGGCUUGAUGGCAAACAUGUUGUGUUUGGUGAAGUGAAAGAGGGCAUGGAGACUGUCAGGGUAAUGGAGUCGUACGGUUUGCAUGAUGGAGGAACACUUAAGAAGAUUGUCAUCACAGACUGUGGGGAACUUAAAUAAUACACGACUUUACACUGUACAGAGCUGACAACUGACUGUUCUUAUGUAAAUGAUUCAUCUCCUGCCAAAAGGUAAAUGAUUUGACUUCAUAGCCAAUACUGCAUUUGGAUCUAAUUCUUUAUGAUUAAAGGGAUGUGAUGUUUUAUAUCUUCGUAAUUUUAAUCAAAAUGACCCACUUUUAUGUGUGUGUGUGUGUUUGGGUUGUUUCAGUGCCUUAUGCUUGCUAUGUAAGCCCUUACUGCACUGCAUGCUGAAUCUUAACAUGUAAAAUCAAUCAUACACGGUUUUUGUAUGGAAAAUGCAAAUGCAUGUAGUUUGUGUAAGUCCACAGAAUAAACUGAGCUGCACAAGAAACCUAUAGU